AUGGUGUUCCACACGGAGCUGAUGAUCCGCCUCGCUCGAGCGCCGAAAUCUCUCUCUCUAGGCCGCGGCGACACUCCCGACACCGAUCCGGAUAUGACGUGGUUGUCGACGAUGAUCCAGAAGCCCCAAGCGGAUCACGGCUUUCCCUCGGCUGCGAUCUCCGCCCUAGCGCCGGCCAGGAUCGCAAAGCUCCGCCCAGAAUCGCUGGCCAGAGGCCGUGUUCUCCAUGGAGUACUCAUCGCGGAUGCGCUCAUGCUCGAGGACAGCGUCCAGGUACUCACUACGCUCAGGGAUUCCAGAGGCGACGAAGUGUUGCUGGCGAUCAAGCACGCAGUGGCCAGCGACGCCACGGCCGAGCAAGUCCGAGCGAAAUAUCCGAGAGGAGCUCGAGUGGCCGUCAAGGAGCCGAUGCUCCACAAGCACCAUGGUUCCUUCAUCUCGCUGGACAACCCGGCCAAUGUGGAGGUGAUCUCCUACCUCAGCGACGAGCAGCUGGAACGAUUCGCAGGUAUGGCUCCCGCGGCACUGCGAGUAGAGGGCAACAAGCUCUUCCAAGAUGGGAGCUUUGAGGCUGCCGCUCAAGCCUACGCCUUGAGCGCUGUGAAAUGCGAGCAGGAGGAGGAGCGUGAUCGUGUUCUUGCUCUCUCCAACCAGGCCGAGAGCUUUUUCAAGCUGGGACGAUAUGAGCAGUGCGUGGAUGCUGCAAGUGCCGCUCUCGCCGUGGAUCCCCGCCACCUCAAGAGCCUCUACAGGAAGGCUUUGGCACUGCUCAAUCUCCAGUGCUACGAAUGGUCGUGCCGGCUCUUGAGCGACGUUCUUGGAGUGGACGAGGCAGUCGAUCAAUUACACAAGAGAUGCCAAAAGCUCGUGAUCCAAAGCCAAGACAUCAACAGCAUCAUGGCAGAUAUCCAUGGUUUUUAUCGGGCCUGGAGCGAAGGAGAGCAAGCCCCACUUUUCCCAGAGGUUGCUGACAACGUUUGCCAAGUGGAAGUGAAGAAAUGCGAGGACCAGAGCAAGCAACGAGGCCGGGGGCUCUUUGCGACGACCAACAUCAAGAAAGGCGAGCUUGUCCUUACCAGCAACUCGGCAGCUUUCGAGCGAGGUGGCAACAUCUCGGUAUGCAACAGGAAUGCCGCAAUCCGAUUCCUUGACAUGGCCAUGAAGUCACCACGAGCAUACAAGCAGAUCCACAGCCUUGCUAGCAUGGCCGCAGGGAACGAGCGUGAAGUUCCAGCAAUGGAGCUCUUCCAGGCAGACUGGGCCACGCCGGAGAACUGGUCGAGCGUCAGCACCGACAGCAGCAGGGAAGCUCUCGAAGGCAUUUCGGUGGAGAGGAUCUUCGAGACUGUGAGGGUAGCUUCCUUCAAUCCGACAGGUCCAGGUCCUGACGAGAACACGCAGCGCCUGCUCUACGUUGGUACCUGGCUCAUCCCCAGCUUCAUCAACCAUUGCUGUGUUGGGAACGUUUGCCAGAGGUUGUUUGGCACCACGGUUUGCUACUUUGCCACGUGGCGCCACACCCAUGAACAAACCUCCGCUUCUAUGUCGAGACACGUGUAA